AUGGAUCUUGACAUAGCUAUCAGGGAGGACUCUCCCCCAGAACCUGCUGCGGAUGCAACUGUGGAUGUCAAGGCCAAGCACAAAAUGUGGUUGAAAGCAAAUCGUAUUGCUCUUCUGGUAAUCAAAAAGUCCAUGUCUGACACAGUGAGGGGAGGAAUACCAGAUUCUAAGAAUGCAAAGGAGUAUCUGCCCUCGAUCCAUGAGAAAUUCAAAGAAUCAGACAAAGCUGAAACAGGUAAUCUCAUGAAUGACCUUAUGUCAAAGAAAUAUAAUGGUAUGGGAUGUGUAAGAGAGCAUAUACUGGAAUUGCUUGACAUUGGUGCAAAACUGAAUGCACUGGAUGUUCCUAUGAGUGAUCCAUUCCUGGUUCAUGGAGCACUUAAUUCAUUACCUAAUGAAUACUCCAAAUUGAAGAGCACAUAUAAUGCAUAG